CCACAGAUGGGGAUUCCAGCAGUGGGAUCUACACGUGCUUCAUGAAAUCACAUCGCUGCUAUGACCUGAUCCCCACAAGUUCCAAGCUUGUCGUGUUCGAUACUUCCCUGCAGAAAUGGUUUUCAGCCCUUCUGACUUCAAGGACCUUUUCACAGGUCUGCCCCAGAGCCCCAGUAUAGGGCAGGGGAUUGUACAGUAUAUUCAGUUCACCCGAGGCUCCUUGUCAAGGCCUUUUGAUUCUGCCUGUUGAUCCAUUGAGAUCAUAACCUAGAAUGCACCCAAUAGUCUGCUGGGACUACACACAGCAGGUGAAGAAAGCCUUCUUCGCAUUGGUGACCAAUGGAGUGCGGGCUGCUCCGCUCUGGGACAGCAAAAAGCAAAGCUUUGUGGGAAUGCUGACAAUCACAGACUUCAUCAACAUCUUGCAUCGCUAUUACAAGUCAGCUAUGGUGCAGAUCUAUGAACUGGAGGAACACAAGAUCGAAACUUGGCGAGAAGUUUAUCUGCAGGACUCUUUCAAGCCACUGGUCUGCAUUUCACCCAGUGCCAGCCUCUUCGAUGCCGUCACCUCACUGAUCCGGAACAAGAUUCACCGCCUGCCUGUCAUCGACCCCGACUCCGGGAACACACUGUAUAUCCUGACGCACAAGCGUAUCCUCAAGUUCCUCAAGCUCUUUAUUGCAGAGUUCCCCAAGCCAGAGUUCAUGUCCAAAAGCCUGGAGGAGCUGAAGAUUGGCACCUAUGAAAACAUUGCCAUGGUCCACACUAACACCCCUAUCUAUGUUGCACUGGGCAUCUUUGUACAACACAGGGUCUCUGCGCUGCCCGUGGUGGAUGAUUCAGGUCAGGUUGUGGACAUUUACUCCAAGUUUGAUGUCAUUAACCUGGCUGCCGAGAAGACGUACAACAACCUGGAUGUGACGGUGACGAAGGCACUGCAGCAUCGUUCCCAUUACUUUGAGGGUGUUCUCAAGUGUUUCAAGCAUGAGACUCUGGAGGCAAUAAUCGGUCGACUGGUGGAGGCCGAGGUUCAUCGGCUGGUGGUGGUGGAUGAAAACAACGUGGUGAAGGGCAUCGUAUCCCUCUCGGAUAUUCUGCAGGCCUUGGUCCUACCUGGCGGUCAGAAGCCCUGACUGCACGAAAUUGAGAGCUCCCUCCUGCAUACACUUGGGCCUGAGGCACAAAACCAACCACCUUUUUGCAUCACCCUUUUUAGCCGUGGAAAGGCUGUGCUGCUCAACCACACGUCAGCUUCACGGGGCUUGGCUCACUUGGUGUUUCCCUCCAGGCCAGGGUCUGUGUGUUCCCGCCUCGCCCAGUUUGGUUGCACAGGAGCCUCUUGGCCUGCUGUCUCCUGGAGUUAGGUGCAUCGGCUCCUAGAGUGCAGGCUCAAUCGGCUAGUAUCUUCCACACUUGUGUGGGAGGAACCUGGGGCAGGCUUCCUGGUACAGUGUGACGCAUGCCCUAAGCACAGGGGCCAUAUCAGAAUUCCAAAAACCACAGGGGCAUGUUGUGGAGAUGGGGAUAUCUGAUCUAUAGCACAAUUUU